GAAAUCCUGAUCAAAUGUGUGGAAUUAGGGAUGGCACAAGGACAUGAGAAAUGAAUGUUUCAUCAGGUGCCUGCAACCACCUGAUGAUAUGCUGGAGCAGGACAUCACCGGGUUGAGGACACACAGGAAGACCUGGGACUUCGGGGAGCUGGAAGAGUCCCCAGGCAGAGACUGAAUAAUCUGUGGCAGUGACGCCCAUGUGUUAGUUUCUGGGUGUCCUCGGGGACAGCUGGAGGCUCCGAUCCCCCGACCCCGUGCAGGUGCCCUGGGGUGACGCUGGCCCUGCCCCAGCUGGAGAGGAGAACCGCAUGGUUCCUCUCAGGAGCGAUGCACCAGGCUCCCCGCAGGUGCAGGGUCAGGUCUGGAGCAGCCUUUGCCAUUGAAGAGCUUUGAAAUGAAACAUGAGAGAUCAGACUCAAUGGAGGGGAGAGCUGGAUUAUUUUUCUUUCUUUUAUACUUUUAUAUCUCCCCCAUCCCGCUCGUCCAGGGAAAACUGAACACUUUCAGGAGAGCCUGAGUUUUUAGGGUUGUUUUUUGUAACCAUAUUGGUCUAAGGAUAUAGGCAGGCAAGGUUUCUUUGGGUACAUGUGAUAUCUUUUAUUGGAUCAACUAAAUAAUUGGGGAAAAGUUUGCAGGCUUUUGGGCACAAACACUCUUGUUCAGGCGUCUGUGCAAACAAUCCUACUGGAAGGAGGCGGGAAGGACCGAGAUGUCUUUGUCGUCAGAUCCUUCUGCUUCAAACCAGCUGGAGCAGGGAAGUGGCACACAGAGCAGCUGAACCUUCUCCCAUGUCAUCGCGGCAGAAAUGGCCCAAAGUUGUGUGUGAAGGGCUGUGGCUUGAAACCAGGAGACAACAGGCACGAGUGUCCUUUCAGUUGUUGCAACCCUCCCUGGGAGCUGCAUGGGGGCUCCUUGGGGCAGGGAGGGAUUGUAGUGCUCUGAUAGAUGCUGGGUGCAUCUACACGUGUGCAUUUACUGCGCAGUAACUGAAAUAACUGCACAGUAUAGGUGCGUGUCUACAUGUGCACGCCUGUACUGUGUAGUAAAUAUGCCUGCUUACGCCAACUUGGGAGUAACAGCGGAGGAGUCUCCUAAUGCCUGAAGAAGGGAGUUUGUGCCCGGAAACUUGCAAAGAACUUUUUCCCAACUAUUUACUUGGUCUAACCAAAGAUAUCAGAUCUACCCAAAGACACUUGCCUGCUCUGAGGUUUUAGGCAGUUCUCAGCCCCAAAUAACAGUCCUGACAGCUCUGAAAAGCUCUUGGCUGACAGCAGAUGCAGUGAGGAGUGUUGGGUGUGUUGAAUUAUUGUGUAGUGGCUUCAAACCCUUUUUCUGCUGUUUUCACUCAAGUUGUGCCGAGCUGCUGCUCCACGAAGGGUUACCAGAUCCCCUGCGAUCCUAGGGCUGGAUCGUGACCCCGGCUCCUCCCAGCUCAGCAUCAGUGCAGUUAUUUCACAGGAAGGAAACAGCCCAGGGUGAGCCCGGCCCUGAGCUCAGGAAAGUGAAAGUACCCCGUGCCCUCCCGUCUCACAGCCAUGGCCACAGCGAGCGCUGUACAAAGCCUCCGGGACGAGGCGACCUGCUCCGUCUGCCUGGAGUUGUUCAGGGACCCGGUGAUGAUCAUGGGCUGCGGGCACAACUUCUGCCGAGCCUGCAUCGCCCCGUGCUGGGAGGGGGCCGAGACAGACGUCACCUGCCCCCAGUGCAGACAGACCUUUGCCCAGAGGCUCCUGGGCCCAAACAGGCAGCUGGCAAAUGUAGUAGAAGUGGUCAAGGGCCUGAGCGUGGGGUCAGCGGAGGGAGCCGGGGGCAAGAUGGUGUGCGAGCAGCACGGGGAGGCUCUGAAGCUCUUCUGCGAGACAGACCAGGUCCUGAUGUGCGUGAUCUGCCAGGAGUCCCGGGCGCACCGAGCUCACCCCGCGGCUCCCAUCCAGGAGGCUGCGCAGCAGUGCAAGGAACAAAUUCAGACUCGGCUGCAGCUGCUAAGGGGAGAGAGGGAGAGGCUUGAAGCACUGCAAGGGAGUGAAAGCCAGAAACACCAGGAAUACCAGCAAAGGGCAGCAGCCGAGAGGCAGAAGGUUGUGGCUGCAUUUGAGCGACUGCGCCGGUUUCUGGAGGAACAAGAGCGACUCGUGCUGGCCGAGCUGGGAGAGGUGGAGAGCGGGAUUGAGAAGAGUCAGGAAGAGAUGGUCACCCAACUCUCCGAGGAGAUUUCCCGUCUCACCAACCUGAUCAGGGAGCUGGAGGGGAAGUGCCAGCAGGCUGCCAGUGACCUCCUGCAGGACAUGAGGAGCACGCUGAGCAGGUGCAGGAAGGAGCAGUUGCAGCUGCCAGAGGGGAUUUGCCCAGAGCUGGAAACAAGACUCAGCAUCUUGUCUGGACAAACACUAGCUCUACAGGAGACUCUGAAGAAGUUUCAAGAGACUCUGCCGUCCACCUUGGAGAAGGUCAAAAGGGUACCAAAGGGAUCGUACACAAAGGCGACGGUGACUCUGGAUCCAGACACGGCAAAUCCCUACCUCGUCCUUUCUGCGGAUCGGAGAAGUGUGAGAUGGACAGACACACGGCAGCCUGUGCCCUACAAUCCUGAGAGAUUUGAUGUGAACCAGUGUGUGCUGGGCCGGGAGGGAUUCACCUCCGGGAGACACUGCUGGGAGGUGGAGGUGGGGGUGGAGAUGUGGCGGGGAGACUGGGCCGUGGGGGUCACCAGAGAGUCUGUGAGGAGGAAGGGAUGGGUCAGAUUGAGCCCCGAGGAGGGGAUCUGGGCAGUGCAGCGCUGUGGGGAUCAGGUCCAGGCUCUCACGGCCCCUGCUCCCACCCGCCUGUCCCUGCGCCGGGCGCCCAGGAGGGUGUGGGUGUGUCUGGACUGUGCGGGGGGGCAGGUGUCAUUUCUCGAUGCUGACACCGAGGCCCCGAUCUUCACCUUCCCGCCGGCCUCCUUCGCUGGGGGCAGAAUCCGGCCCUGGUUCUCGCUCUGGGCGUCGGGGCCUGGGUCCGAGCUCAGACUGUGCCACUGAGUGAUGGGGGAACAGCCGGGGAACGGACCCCCCACGCGGGGAAACAGGCCGCUCUGGCUUCCCAUUCUCUAUGACCCUGGAGGAGUCCCCUCUACCCACCCCCGUCCCCUCCUCUCUGCCCUGGGGAGCUGCCCAGGUGCAAGGUGCUGUCUGCACCCACUAGCCCGUCCCGUUGCAGCAGGUGGCACCAGGCCAGUCUGUCCUGGCACUCAGUGGCCCUGGAGGACUCGAGCGCGGCCACCAGAAUGGGCCCUUGGGGCUGCCACCAGCUUUGGAGCUACCACCCCCUGCAGUGCCAGCAGCCCAGGGCUGGGGCUCAAGGCCAAGUGCCUCUGGGUGCCCUUUGCCCAGAGCCUGGCUGGGGCUAGGAGUGGGAGGCUGCCUGGGGUUUGCAAUGGCUUUGUCUCUUGGGCCUUCACUCCCCCUUUUCUCUCCCUCCAUCUCCCCUGCGCUGGCUCCUUGCUCGGGGUCACACAGAGGACGUCCCAUGCAAGUUGGACACUGCUUUUCCUGGACCUGAUCUCGGGCCUUUGGCCCUCUUCACCACGAGGCCGCUCAAGCUGGGCCAUGCUCUUAUUCACCCACGAGCCUCCUCCCUCCCUUGGUGCAGCCGCGUGGCACCGAUGGUGGCACAGGAACUCCAGUAACCUUCGUGGAGGUGUUUUCCACCCCCAGAUGUUGACCACACAGACUGGGAUUGGAGGUAAAUUAGGGCUAAAAAGCAAAAGCAUUUGCAACUUUUAUUUUCUCCAAACCAGUUUUUAGGCAAUUCUUAGCCCAACAGGAAAGUUUUAUGCUAGAAAUCUUUUGGGUUACAGCAGGCUCACCUAGAAGUGCUCUGUGUUUCCAAUUAUGACGUAGUAGAUUAACAAGCUUCCCAUGUUGUUUCCAUUGUAUUUGUCCUUGCUACCUCCCCACAAAGGAUGAACAACCACUUUCACCGGGAAUCAAAGGGUUUCACCCAGGGACUCUCGACAGAGCAACAGACCGUCAGAGCCGUUUACAGAAAGGAAACAGCCAGCUCAUGCUCUAGUCCAGGAGUCAGCAAUCCCUGGCACGUGUGCCAAGCAUGUCAUGCGAGGCCAUUUUGCUCAGCACACCACCGCCAGCCUGGGCUCUAGGCAACUGGUGCCAGCCACAAAGCCCAGGACUCUCCCAGCAGGCAGCUGGGCAGCUGCAAGCCCUGCAGCAAGCAGACUGGGCUCCGUGGCUGGCAGCAGCUACCCAGAGCCUGGGCCGGCUGCAGCCAAGAGGCUGGAAACAUCUGCUCCAGGCUCUGGCAUCAGCUCCAUACCAGCAGGUGCAUGCGCGGCUUGUAGUGGACGGUGGGGGAGAGUCCUGAGGCAGCGCAACCCCGGCCUCUUCCCCACUGCUGGCACAGAGCUGAUGACUGGGCUGCAGGGCCCUGAACAGCUGUUUGUAGCCAGCCUCGGCUCUGGGAAGCUCCACGGCCCCAGCAUCAGCUCCAUGCUGGCAGCGACUGCACGUGCACCUCAGAGCAGACAGCCCCAGGCCCUAUCCCCACCAUCCGAUCCAAGGCAUGAAGCUGAUGCUAACCACUGAACGAUCUGAUAGGAAAUGGUAAAGAAUGAGAGCACCCUAAGGAACAGAGAAACUGAUCUAAGAAAAGAAGUAAAGAAGGUAAAGAGUAAAGAAAAGAUAAAUGAGGACAGGAUCUGAGAUAAGAGAAGAGCUGAAGAAGCAGGUUUCAUAGAUUCAUAGAUGUUAGGGUCGGAAGGGACCUCAAUAGAUCAUCGAGUCCGACCCCCUGCAUAAGCAGGAAAGAGUGCUGGGUUCAGAUGACCCCAGCCAGCUGCCUAUCUAACCUCCUCUUGAAGACCCCCAGGGUAGGGGAGAGCACCACCUCCCUUGGGAGCCCAUUCCAGAUUUUGGCCACUCUAACUUUCAUAGUUUCAUAGUUGGUAGGGUCGGAAGGGACCUUGACAGAUCAUAGAAUCAUAGACGUCGGGUCGGAAGGGACCUUGUAGAUCUUCAAGUCCGACCCCCUGCCUGGGCAGGAGGAAGACUGGGCUCAAAUGACCCCAGCCAGGUAGGCAUCGAGCCGCUUCUUAAAGACCCCCAGGGUAGGAGCCAGCACCACUUCCCUUGGAAGUCGGUUCCAGAUCCUAGCCACCCUGACUGCGAAGCAGUUUUUACGGAUGUCUAAUCUAAACCUACUCUCCAACAACUUGUGUCCGUUAUUCCCUGUUAUCCCGGGGGGCACUAGGGGAAACAAGGUCUCCCCCAAACCCUUCUGGUCCCCCCUAGUGAGUUUAUAGACGGUCACCAGGUCCCCCCUCAGCCUUCUCUUGUGAAGGCUGAACAGGUUCAGGUCCCGUAGCCUCUCAUUGUAGGGUCUGCCCUGCUGUCCCCGGAUCAUGCAGGUGGCCCUCCUCUGGACCCUCUCCAUGUUGUCCACAUCCCUCUUGAAGUGGGGUGCCCAGAACUGGACACAGUACUCCAGCUGUGGUCUGACCAGUGUCACGUAGUGGGGGAGGAUCACCUCCUUGGACCUGCUUGAGAUGCACCUGUGGAUGCACGAUAAGGUCCGGUUAGCUCUGCCAACCGUGACCUCGCAUUGUCCGCCCAUGUUCAUCUUGGAAUCAAUGACGGCUCCAAGAUCCCUUUCUGCCUCCGUGCUCUCAAGAAGGGAGUUUCCCAUAUUUUGUGACCUGGUCGUAGAAGGCCACCAGGUUGGUCUGACAGGACCUGCCUCUAAUGAACCCGUGUUGGUUGCCCCUGAGCAUAACCUCCCCUGCUGUCCCCUCGUGGACAUGCGUCAGGAUAAUUCUCUCAAAAAGCUUACCCAGGAUCGAGGUAAUUCCUAUAAUUUCCUGGGUCCUCCUUCCUCCCUUUUUUGAAAAUGGGAACCACAUUGGCCCUUUUCCAGUCCUCUGGCUCCACACCAGAGCACCACAAGCGCUCAUAAAGCCGUGCCAGGGGGUCCCGCCAUGACCUUUGUUCAUUCCCUCAGCACUCUGGGGUGGAGGUCGUCAGGACCAGCUCGUUUAAAUAUGUCCAGUCCCUCCAGAAGUUCCCUGACAAGAUCGUCACUGACCCUAGGUCUGGGUGCACCUUCCCCAGGGCCUGAGGGGGUCCUGGCGGAUGGGCUGAUCCAGUCCCUGCUCAGGAAAAUGGAGGCAAAGAAAUUGUUAAAUAGGUUAGCUUUGUCGUCUGGUGUGACAACCAGAUUUCCUAGCGUGUCUUGCAGAGGCCCCAUGUUACCCGGUGUGGCAGAAAUGCCACCGUCUGUGUCCUUCUCCAGAAAUCUGUCUCUGCCAGCGUGAGAGGCUGGUGUUGAAUCCCUCAGGGCGGGGAUCUUCCUCCCUGUCUACAUGACAAAAGCCUGGUGCCUGGGAGGCGGAUGCUCUGGUCACCUGGGGAUGGGGAGGAAAAAGCCCCGCUCACCGGCCCAGGUGACCCGUGAUGCUUUUUAAAUUGGUUGGCUAGUGGCCAGCACUGGCAGCUUCGAUUGGACCGGGCUGCUGAGGUCAGAAAGGUUAUUUAAAGGCCCGGGCCAGGAAGAAGGCAGCCAUUAGCCAUGCGGUCAUCCAGGUGAAUCUGAACCUGGGAGAGGAGCUUCACCAUCUGAUACAGGCUCUCUCCUCAUCACCGCAUGCUCCAAGAGUGCCCUGCCUCCAGAGGGAAACUCUAACCACCUCUGGACAAUGCGUGUGAGUAAGCUACUCGAGAUCAGACUAGAUAUUUAGCUUCCAGUAACUCAGAUGCGAGAUCAAAAGGCUACCUCAGCCGUACUGGUUUGCUCUAUGGGAUCCCUCUGAUAUUCCUAUGAUAUUUCUGUGAUACUGCUCUACCUUUACCCUGUUUCCGCCCUACCCCCUGUAAUCAAUAAAGUUCUCCUUUGUGA